GAGGAAGAUGGUGGCAGCAGGCGGAGUGGCUGCCUGCCGGGCUUUCCGCCCUGCGCUGCGCUGCCCCCCCCGCCGGAGCCGCCCUGCCUGCUGAGGAGGCGGCGUGGACCCGCACCAGCUGUGAUAGACAAAAUGUCAAUACAAUAAGUGACCUACCCACCAGAAUUUGCCAUGAACCAUUUGGUUGGACCGCCUGUGGGGGAGGUAGGUGAAGAGCCAGCAAAUGGAGCAGUGAACGAAUCAGUGGAGGCUGACCUGGAGCGCUCAGAGGUGGAAGAGGAACAGCGGUAUGCAACUCGCUACCCAGGACAUACAAACAGCAGCCAAGGAAGCAUGUCUGGGCAGGAGGAGGAAGGGAUGUUAGCUCGGUCAGCCAGCACUGAGAGUGGUUUCCACAAUCACACAGAUACUGCAGAAGGGGAUGUGAUAGCCACAGUGGAGGACAGUUACGACACAGAAAGAGUUCAGGAAAAUGAGGAUGAGAGUGCAUAUGCUGUGCAGUACAGGCCUGAGUCUGAAGAGUACACAGAGAACGCUGAGGCUGAGCAUGGUGAGGCCGUUCAUAAUCAGACAUUGCCUAAUCACUUACAUUUCCAUUCCAUCGAACACGAGGAAGCCAUGAAUGCGGCCUACUCUGGUUAUGUCUACACACAUCGGCUCUUCCACCGGGGAGAAGAUGAACAGUAUGCUGAGCCUUAUGCUGACUAUGCACUGCAGGAGCAUGUGUAUGAGGAGAUAGGAGAUACACCAGACCUUGAUGCUAGAGAGGGUAUCCAGCAGUAUGAGCGAGAAAGGGAGGAAGCUGAUAAUUACCGCAAGGAGGCACUUGGUGCCCGCCUUCACCAUUAUGAUGAACGGUCUGAUGGAGAGUCUGACAGCCCUGAGAAGGAGGCAGAGUUUGCACCCUACCCAAGAAUGGAUAGUUAUGAACAAGAGGAGGAUAUUGAUCAGAUUGUAGCAGAGGUGAAGCAGAGCAUGAGCUCCCAGAGCUUAGACAAGGCAGCUGAAGACAUGCCAGAGGCAGAGCAGAGUUUAAAGCAUGGUCAUGCUCUUGCUAAUGAUGGGCAUGAAAGCAAUGGCCAUCUCCCAGCUGGUUCUCGAGUUACAUCUAGCUCAGGAGAAUCUGUACAGAGAUACAGUAAGGAAAAGAGAGAUGCAAUUUCAUUGGCCAUCAAGGAUAUUAAAGAGGCUAUUGAGGAAGUGAAGACGAGGACCAUUCGUUCUCCUUAUACCCCUGAUGAACCUAAGGAGCCUAUCUGGGUGAUGAGGCAGGACAUCAGUCCAACCAGGGACUCUGACGACCAGAGGCCACUAGAUGGCGAUUCUCCAUCUCCAGAUUCCUCUUCUCCUCGGGGUGCUGAAUCGAGUACGCAACAUCAGCAGGAGGCCUCCACUAAUAAAGAGUCCAGAAAAAGUUUGGCUUCAUUUCCAACCUAUGUUGAAGUUCCUGGACCUUGUGAUCCUGAAGACUUAAUUGAUGGCAUCAUUUUUGCUGCCAAUUACCUUGGCUCAACUCAACUGCUUUCUGAUAAAACUCCCUCCAAGAAUGUGAGAAUGAUGCAAGCUCAGGAAGCUGUCAGCAGGAUCAAGGCUCCAGAAGGUGAAUCUCAACCCAUGACUGAAGUGGACCUCUUCAUUUCUACACAAAGAAUAAAAGUACUGAAUGCAGACACACAGGAAACAAUGAUGGAUCAUCCCCUGCGGACCAUUUCUUACAUUGCAGAUAUAGGAAAUAUAGUUGUUUUGAUGGCUCGUAGGCGAAUGCCGCGGUCUAACUCGCAGGAUAAUGUGGAAGCAUCUCACCCUUCCCAAGACGGAAAGAGGCAGUACAAAAUGAUUUGCCAUGUCUUUGAGUCUGAGGACGCACAACUGAUUGCACAGUCCAUAGGUCAAGCAUUCAGUGUGGCCUACCAGGAAUUUCUGAGGGCAAACGGAAUCAACCCAGAAGAUCUGAGCCAGAAGGAAUACAGUGACUUGCUGAAUACCCAGGACAUGUACAAUGAUGACCUGAUCCACUUCUCCAAAUCUGAAAAUUGCAAAGAUGUUUACAUUGAAAAGCAGAAAGGAGAAAUCCUAGGUGUGGUAAUUGUGGAGUCUGGCUGGGGAUCCAUUUUGCCUACAGUUAUCAUAGCCAACAUGAUGCAUGGAGGACCAGCAGAGAAGUCUGGGAAGCUGAACAUAGGGGACCAGAUCAUGUCAAUCAAUGGGACCAGUUUGGUUGGUUUACCACUCUCAACAUGUCAGAGCAUUAUAAAGGGUUUGAAAAACCAGGCCCGGGUUAAACUGAAUAUAGUUAGGUGUCCUCCAGUAACCACAGUCUUGAUCAGAAGACCAGACCUCAGAUACCAGUUGGGCUUCAGUGUGCAGAAUGGGAUUAUAUGUAGCCUUAUGAGAGGAGGUAUAGCAGAGCGAGGAGGUGUGCGUGUUGGCCAUCGGAUCAUUGAAAUCAAUGGACAGAGUGUUGUAGCAACACCCCAUGAGAAAAUCGUUCAUAUUCUCUCAAAUGCUGUUGGUGAGAUUCAUAUGAAGACUAUGCCAGCUGCCAUGUACAGACUGUUGACUGCGCAGGAGCAACCAGUUUACAUCUAAAGCCUACACCUCACCGUCACAAUGUGCAUGGAGGAUGUUUUUCCUCGUUAGUGCUUGUCUCUAGUGCUGCAUUUCUGUGUCUACAGAGACAUCUCUCAAUCUCUCUCUCUCUCCUUCACAGACACAAAUACACUGUCUCUCUCUCCUCCCUCCCUUUUUCUUCUUUUUCGUACCGUUCACCUGUAUUUUGGGAAGGGGCGAAAUGCAUCUAUUGGACUAUUUUGGUUGCAUCUUUUUAUAAGUGAAACUUCAGUUCCACAUGCAAAACAGGAAAAUAACAGCAGCAUUACUUACAGCAGGAUUCACAAAGAUUGUUCAUGCUACAUAAUAUUUUGUGGCUAUACAAUAUUUUUGUGGCUAUAAUUUUACAAACUGAGUAAAUUAAACGUUGCUUAAUGAAAUGUCUUUACCAAACAGAUAAAAGUAUAGGGUGAAAAGUGUUUUCUUGGAUGUCCUGUGUGUGAUUUUGCUUUUCUUGCCCUAUUUUCACACAGGCACUGAGCUCAAUGUUAAAGGUUUAUGUCUGUAGGAAAAGCACCAAAAAGAUAGUUUCACCCUCAGAAACAAUUACCUGAUUAUGAGGACUCAAUAGAUGCUGCUGUUGUAAAAUGGACUAUCUAAAUAUAUACCUUUAAAUUCCUCUCUGUUUUCAGUUCUUCAUGAUAGUAGGACUCUAAAAGGUACUUCCAGAGUUGUUGAAACAUGUUACACUUGUGUUUACUUACACUGAGUCAUUUGAGAGGCAUUUUUUACAGCUGCCUCCUCCUCUCUGCCCCCAGGUUUCUAACUUGUUUUCUUCUACUUUGUUUUUAUAUGCAGCAUGUCCUAUAGUCCCUUGCCUAUUUUAGAGGUUAAAGGGGGGGGGG